AUGACUGCUGGGCGUCUUUAUUCCCUGAAACAACCUAAAGAUCCACUGAGAAAAUCUGAUAAAAGGAACCCAGAAAACACAACGUUGGGAGUCAAGAACACCCGCCGACAGCAUAAUAAUCUGGACACUAGAUACGGACCCCAUAAGGGAGACUGUUCUGAACAAAGAAAUCGGCUGUGGUCAAAGGGUCGACAAGAAGUCGGAGCUCCGGAAGAACGUGGUUCCGGCUGGAGCAAGAAUCUGGACGCUCGCAGAGCUGGGUGCCCACGGUGUGAGGAUACCAUCAAAGGAAUUCUGGAAGCUCAAUUGGCUGUGGCCAUAUUCAGUCCUGUGCAACCUGAUCUGACCUGA